AAAAACUGUGGACGAGUGAGUGCUUGCUGAAAAUUCAUUGAGAAUAUAUAUCUCCAAAUUUUAAUAAUUGUUGCCAGAGUAAAUCCUAUCCAAAAUGUGCAAAAUAUGUUCUUAGUCUCAGCCCUCUUCGCCCUGGCGGUGGCCGACCGCCUGGAGAACACCUACCUGCCCCCGAGCAGCGCCCAGACCGCCGGCGGUAGCUCCAGCUUCCUCAACGCACCGCGUCCUGGAGGUGGCGGCCGCGGUGGAGGUGGUGGUGGUGCCGGUGGUGCCGGAGGCGCCGGCGGCGCUGGAGGCCGCGGCGGUGGCGCCGGAGGCCGCGGUGGCGGCUCUGCUGACGCCAACGCCGGGAUCGUCCGCUUCGAUAACGACAACAGCGGCGACGGCUCCUACAAAUUCAAUUACGAAACCGAGAACCGCAUCACUCACGAGGAAUCCGGCCAGCUGAAGAACCCUGGUAGCGAUAACGAAAUCAAUGCCGUCCUGGGACAGUUCUCCUACACCGGCGACGAUGGCGCUACCUACAGCAUCUCCUACACUGCUGACGAGAACGGUUUCCAACCCCAAGGAGCUCACCUCCCCGUCGCUCCCCCAAUUCCCCCAGAAAUCUUGAAAUCUUUGGAGCAGAACGCCGCCGAUGAGGCCGCUGGUAUUGUCGAUGAUGGUACUUACCGCGCUGAACACCAAGGUGAUGGUGGUGCUGGAGGUGCCGGAGGACGUGGAGGUGGCGGAGCUGCUGUAGCUAACCAGUACAUCGCUCCUAGACCUGGUGCAGGAGGAGCUGGAGGAGCUGGAGGCGCUGGAGGAUACAGAUACUAGAUUUGAAGGACUGUGCUAAGGCUGUAAUAUUAAGUACAUUAUGUAAUAUAUUUAUUGUUAAAAUUUAAAAAAAUAGA